UACCAAGAUGAAACUAAAGCAAGGAUCGUUUCUGUGGUACCUCUAUCUGGACAAAAUAUACUGCUUGUUAUCUGUGAGAAAUGUGAAGGCCUUAAUGGAAUAUUUUCAACUUCUUGAUGUACACCGAAAGAACACCUUGAAUGACGUGCUGUUCUUUCACUUCCUGCAUCAUGUGACGAACCUGAACCGGCCACAGAUCAUGAUUAUAUUUGACAUGCUGGACUGGAAUGCUGUGGGCGAGAUUGGCUUUGACCAGUUCUACAUGUUGGUUUGCAUACUCCUGUCACAUCAGAACCACUUGGAAGAGCAAUUUAUUUAUCGCCAUUCCCGGCCUGUCUUUGAGCUGCUUGACCUGGAUGGGGACCUGAGAAUUAGCCUGGAUGACUUAAAGUUGUACAACUUUCUCUUCAAUAUUAAAAAACAGGAACUCAAAGAGCUCUACCAUAACUUUGACAUCACAGGUGACCAUCGUCUUAAUUACAAGGAAUUUAAGCUGUUUACUCUCUUCUCCAUUGACAAAUACCAGGAGAGGCAGAAAGCUGAGAAGAAGAAACAGCACCUCCUCAAUAAGACAGUGUCAAAACAAGGUGCACUGUUCCAGUCUCCGCCUGUCCUCACCUGA